AUGAAUACAGCUUUGAGCAGUCUGAUUAAGUCAAUUAAUGCAAACAAUCAGAAAAUCGAUGUAUUAGAAGUAACUCUACAACAAUUCAUUGAAAAUUCCGAAUAUGAUCCAAUUAAUCUUCAAGAAUUAUGUGAUAAUAAAGAUUUUCCCAAACUUUGUCAAUAUUUAUCAGCAGUGAUCGUCGAUAAUCCUAUACCAAAUCCAAAAGAUGGAGAUAUGCCAUCAAUUGUCACUCUCGUUCUAAAAUAUUUAAUCACGUUAUCUUCAAAACAUCCGGUUUUACUUGAUAUCAUAUCUUUAAAUUCAAAUUUAAACCUUUUAAUACCAGCUUUCUUUGCUAAAAACUAUGACAAUACGAAAAUAAUUAGUAAAUCAAUGAAUCAUUUGUUCUUACCAUUGAAAUUCUUAGCAUAUAUUUUUUCCACUCAAAGAAAUGCAUUUACAUCAGCAGAAGCUUCUUCGCUAUUAAUAGGCAUCAUUAAUUGUUUACUUUCAAACCCCCAAGUUGCAGCUUGGGCGGCAACUGUAAUGGCAAAUAUCGCAUUUUCCAAUGACUCAUUCUUAACUUACGUCAGACAAAGUCCUCACUUUAAAUCGCUUAAAGAUCAAGUUACAGCAUUAAUAACUUCAUCAGAUCAAUGUGCUAUGAUAGCAGGACUAGCAUUGUCAGUUAUACUAUUUCCAAAUACUGUUGAUUAUGAAACAGUAGUUUCAGCUGCGAUGGAAGUUCUUCAAGAAAAAGUUCCAUUCCCUCUUUUACCACAUUUAGUCAACAUCAUAAUAACAAAGUCUGUGAAAAAGAUCUCUUGUCAAAAUAUAAUUGAUAGCUUACUUAAUUCAUUGCUAAUUUAUGAUUCAUUUUCUGCUUACGAAUUAUUGAAAACUGCACUUACUCUAUGUGAGAAUGGUAUUUUCACUAACAAUAAAGAACUGAUCAAGAAGCUGCUAUUAUUUGCAAUUAAUGAUGAUAGUCCAUACUUAUCAAUUGCAACUUCGAAAUUAGUUCAAGAACUUAUGAUUUCCUUCCCGAAUAUAUUUACUGAUUUAGAUGCUGAUGAUAAAAUAUUUAAGAGAUGUCUAAGAAAGUUCAUUGAAAAGAAGAAUAUUGAAGAGACAGAAAAACUUGAAACAAUUUUAGUAAUAAUGCGUUGCUUAUUCAUGAAUAAGAUAAUAUCUCCGGUUCUGGCUGAAAUCUUGCAAAUACAAGAAGAAAAUAUAUUUAUGCAAUUGAUGAGAAAUAUUGAAAGCAAUAAUGCAUACUUAUCAUUGCAAAUCUUUCACUUCAUUCUGCGCUGCGCAUCUCAGUUUGACAGCUGGAGCGUUAGGCUUACAAAAGUCAUUAUUGAUUCUCAUUUUGCAGCUCUUUUAGCCCACAUAUUACUGAGAUCAUCAAACAAGUCAGCAACAGCAGAUGCUAUUUCAGCCCUGGCAUUAUUGACAAAUAAUAAUCGUAAUAUUUUCUUUGAUGAUUUAGUUGGCGCUUUUAACUUAACUGGAAGACAAACUGAAGAAGAAAUAGAAGCUAUUAGAGCAGAAAAUGCAAAGAUAAAUAUGGAAGCAGAUGAAAUGAUUAGAAAGGCAGGACUUGAAUAUGAAAAUGUUGUUGAUAAAUGCAAUUCCAUGAAAGAAGAGCUCUCUGAAGAAAGGAAUCAGACUAAAAUAAAGAUUGAAUCAUUGUCAAAAGUUAAAGCUAAAUAUAAUGAUUUAUUAGAAAUUGCAUAUAAGCAAAAACAAAAGAUCAAAGCUACAAGGAAGAGAAACAAAGAACUUGAAAUCCAGCUGAAAGAAAUGGAGUUCCGAAUUGAAGCUAUUCAAACAGAGAAUGAUAGAAUCCAACAAAAGCUUUCAAAACAUAAAAUCCUGAAGGACCAGCAUAAACUAAUCACAUCUAAAUGUAAUGAAUUUCAGAAGCAGAAUCAGGAACUUCGGGCAUCUUUAGAUUUUGCAAAUGAAAUGCUUGAUAAGAAGAAGAAACAGAUUGAAACUCUUCAAUCAGACAAUGCUUCUAAAGAAGAAACCAUUGCAUCAACACAAUCCAAUCAUUCACAUGCUCAAGAUACAAUAAGUUCAUUGCAAAAAUCUGUUUCAGGAUUAUCAGAUGAAAAUGCUAAGCUCAAGCGAAGAGUUCAAGAACUUCAAAGUCAGCUCGAAGCAGAGCAAGCUAAAAAUGAUAAUCUUGAAACAACUAAUGUUCUUCUCAGAGAUGAAAUUGCGAAAUUAUCGGCUAAGCAAUUUGAUGUUGAAGCAUUCAAAGCUAAAUACGAUGAAGAAAAGAAUAAACUCAAAAUUAAGCUGAUUAAUAUCGAGCGAGAUCGUAAAAAGUGGGAAACAACUGCUAAAUUUGCCAACCGCGUUGGAAUUGUUAAAAAUUUGGCAGUUCAUGAUGUGUAUGGAAGUGUAUUUGAGAAAAUGACUCUCAAAUAA